AUGGAUAGAGAUCACCCAAUCAAGAACUUUAAUGCCAGCAGAACAUCACUAAUUGACAACAAAUACAAAGAUCAAUUAGAGUUACUUCAUAACCGUGAAAUCAGACAAAUCAAAACAGAAUACUUUAUCAAACCACAUUGUAUCAAGGAUAAUGAUCACAAAGAUAUGUUGGAUAGUAUUAUUUGGCAAUUCGAGGGCGGAUAUCCUUUUGAAAACAGUCACAAACGAUCACUUCAACUUGGAUACAUUGAUAUUGUUAGAUUCUAUCGAUUCAACACAACUAACAACAACAACAACAACAACAACAGCAUUUAUAAUCAAGAUCAUGAUGAAUAUGAAAUGACCAACGAUCUUUUAAAGGGACUAUUCUUUAAAAGCUUAGCCUAUUCCAAUCAAAUAUAUAAUUUAUUGAGCGUUCCUAGGAAGCUAUCAUAA